AUGGCACCCCUUCGGCAGCUGUUGCUAGAUCGGAAGAUAGAUGAGGCCAUGAUAGAAGACUUGGAAGCUAACCUGGAUGUACUUUUAGAGAUCAAAGAGCAGAUAGGGAAAUAUGAAAAAGGCAAACCGCUGCCUAAACCGAGCAUCUCCCUUUCAGAGGAGCAGCAAAAGAAAUACGACAUGAUAGAAACGUGGGACCAAUAUGAACCCGAUCGUUUCGAAAGUAAUAUCAAGGCUGUGGAGGAUGGCAUUUCGAAGGCGAAAAAGAGGCUGCAAAAGACAAAGGAUGCACUGGCCUGUUGUUAA